ACAUUCAGCUGUUCAGGAGGAGAUUAUUUUAUAGAUGAUAGUGGAGGACUGGUACGGAGGUUUGAUGGUAUCGGUGGGUUGAGUGGUGGAGGGGCAACAUCUCGCCUGCUAGUCAGCUAUGCUGAACCCUACAGGAGCCAGAUUCUGGAUUACCUCUUUAAGCCAAAUUUCGGAGCUUCUUUACAAAUCCUGAAGGUUGAAAUCGGAGGCGACGCUCAAACAACAGAUGGUACCGAACCGUCUCACAUGCACUACCCCAACGAUGAGAAUUAUUUCAGGGGGUACGAGUGGUGGUUGAUGAAAGAGGCCAAGAAAAGGAACCCAAACAUCACACUUGUAGCUUUGCCUUGGGCGUUUCCUGGAUGGGUGGGUCAAGGUGAAAACUGGCCCUAUGACUUCCCUGAUGUUACGGCGUAUUAUGUUGUGUCCUGGAUCAUCGGAGCUAAGCAACAUCACAACCUGGACAUCGAUUAUGUGGGGAUUUGGAAUGAAAGGAGUUUUACUAGCAAGUAUAUAAAGAUCCUGCGCUAUACUCUGGAUAAGAGCGGUUUGGAGAGGGUUAAAAUCAUUGCCAGUGAUAACCUGUGGGAGCCCAUAACUCUUUUCGUUCACCUGGACCGUGAGCUCAGAGAUGUAGUGGAUGUGUUGGGUGCUCAUUACCCAGGAACCACCACGGUUCCUGCAGCUCUGCUCCUGGACAAGCAGCUGUGGGCUUCUGAAGAUUACAGCUCCUUUAACGAUGAUGUAGGAGGAGGCUGCUGGGCACGAAUCCUCAACCAGAACUACGUCAAUGGAAAGAUGUCAGCCACGAUUUCCUGGAACCUGGUGGCCAGUUACUAUCAGGAUCUUCCGUUCGGAAGAGAUGGGCUGAUGACCGCUCAGGAGCCGUGGAGCGGACAUUAUGUCGUGGAGUCGCCCAUUUGGAUCUCUGCGCACACCACACAGUUCACUCAGCCCGGGUGGAAGUACCUGCAGACUGUUGGACACCUGAAACACGGUGGGAGUUACGUAGCUCUGACCGACCAGAACGGAAAUCUAACCAUCGUAGUAGAGACCAUGACUCACGAUCACUCUGAGUGUAUCCGACCCCCUUUGCUGCCCUAUAACGUCACAGCGCAGACGGCUACGUUUUCUCUGAAAGGAUCGUUCGCUUCCAUCAGUGAGCUGCAAGUGUGGCACUCAAAGCUUGAUUUCAAGAUGAAUAAGUCAGUCCUGUUCCAACAGCUCAAAGCAAUAAAGGUCUCAAACGGCUCCUUUAGCUUGAACCUCGACCUGGAUGAAGUCUACACCAUAACCACCAUAACGACCGGACAUAAAGGGAAUCACACUGAACCUCCUCCCUCUGCUCCCUUCCCUAAAAUAUAUAAAGAUGAUUUUGAUGUCAAAUCCCCCAACUUCUCGGAGGCUCCUUAUUUCGCUGAUCAGACGGGGGUGUUCGAGUACUUCGUGAACCUGACGAGCGGCGGCGCUCAUGCUCACACGCUGCGUCAGGUGCUCACUCAGCGCCCGGUCACCUGGGUAGCAGAUGCUGAUCAAACCAUCAGCGUGAUUGGGGAUUAUAACUGGGAGAAUGUGAGCGUGUCGUGUGAUGUGUACAUGGAGGAGGAACGUACCGGCGGGGUGUUCGUGGCUGUCAGAGUGGAUAAAGGAGGAGGAUCGGUCAGGAGUGCCAGGGGGAUUUUCUUCUGGGUGUUCGCCGACGGGACGUACAAAGUCACCAACGAUCUCAGUGGGGAGACCGUCCUGGCUGAGGGGCUGUCUGGCACCAGAGCUCAUGCCUGGCACACUUUGACUCUUUCUGUUCAGGGGUAUUUUGCAUCUGGAGAACUCAACGGCUACGUGCUUUGGAAGGACGCCGUGGUUCUGGGGCCUAAGAACGGAUGGGCGGCUAUAGGCACAAACUCAUUUGAACUGGCGCAGUUUGAUAACUUUGUUGUUCAGGCGAAGUAACGUCACCCCCCUGAUACCUGCUUAUUUUUUAGCUUUAAUGGAACAUUUUGGGUUGUAAAUAUUGAGACAUCUUACAAGGUGCUUUGACUGAUUUUGGGUUUAAAUAGGUCUGAUAGUAUUUAAUAAUUUAAUACAGAAAGAUUUGUUUGGUUUCUGAUGCUUUCACCUUGAAUUUGCACUGAAAUUGUAAAGUUUGUACAAAUAAAAUCACUUCCAUUUUUAUAAAUGCAAACAAAUGUGUGGAUUUAAAAGC